UCAAAAUUAUUUAAACUUAAAUUUUUAUGUUUAAUUUUUUACUGACCUGUUUUUUUUUCAUUAGGAUUUUUAGAGCAGAUAAUUAUAUAUUGGAAUCCUUAACAAUAAUAUACAGGCACGGUGAUAGAAGUCCAGUAUGGGUUUACCCAAAUGAUAGAUAUGAUAAAACAUAUUGGUCUAAUGGGUUAGGCCAACUGACUAAAGUUGGUAUUCAACAGGAAUAUAUUUUGGGAACUCUUAUUAAAAACAGAUAUACAAAUAAUUCCCAAUUUUUAAAUACAUCAUAUAAAUCGGAAGAAAUUAUUAUUAGAAGCACAGAUGUGGAUAGAACUCUUAUGAGUGCUCAGUCUGUCUUAACAGGGUUGUAUCCUCCUAAUAAUAGUUAUGAAGAACAACAAGUUUGGAAGCCAGAUUUGAAUUGGCAACCAAUUCCUGUACACACUAUACCCUUAAACAGUGAUUAUUUAUUAAAUGCAGGAGCUGCAUGCCCAUUAUUUAAAACUAUGGAAGAACAAAUAUGGACAAAAGAUGAUAUUGCUAUAGAUGUGAAUAAGAAAUAUAUGGACUUAUUCAAUUUUUUACAAAAUGAAUCUGGAGUUGUGCCUUUUAACCUUAAAAGCUUAGACAUUUUGGUGGAUCCAAUGAUAUGUGAAAUAUCCCAUAAUCUCACUCAACCUAAAUGGCUUAAUCAAACAACUGUGGAUUUAUUGUUAGAACUUCAUAAUUUGCGAUUCAAACUCAACUACAAAUAUCCUAAAAUGCAAACUCUAUCUGCAGGAGCUUUGAUACACGAAAUAGUGGAUAUUAUGGACAUUAAGAUCAAAGAAAUCGAAGGUCAUAAUAUAUCGGAAAAAAAAUAUACGAAAUAUAAGCACAAGCUUCACAUGUAUUCGGGGCAUGAUACAACCUUAACCGCCUUACUUUCUAUACUCAACGCGUUCACUCUCAAUUCCGUUAUAAAAAGUCCUUAUUAUUCCGCUGCUAUUUUUUUUGAAUUUUAUUCUAAAAAUCGCUCAAACGAAUAUCUUUCAUCGCAUAGGAAGGAAAGAGAUCUAUUUAAUACAAUCGAUGGCAGUUAUGAAAAUGUCAAGGAUAAUAAGAAGAAUUAUUUUGUCAAAAUAUUCUACAAGAAUUCACCUUUAAAAUACUUUGAAAAUUUAACGAAUUCAUCUGAAAGAGAAGCCAGAAAUGAAAAUCAAAUUGAAAUAAUGAAACCAUCGUAUGGGGAGACUGAUGAUAAUAUGGUCUUACUCAAAUUACCCGGUUGUCUUGAUGAAUAUUGUCCGUUUGAAACCUUUGUUUCCUAUGUAAGUAAAAGAUUUCCAACUGAUAUUGAAAAAGAAUGCCAACAAAUGUUCAUUCUAUCAUAUUGCCACUCGACAAGAAACAAUUGGGCCACCUGCUUCAUUGUUUUCCCUAUUUUUCUUCUCAUGUGUAUUCUCUUAUGCUCUUGGGGUCUCAUUGUAUGGGCUAUAAAAAGACCUAUCAUACAGAGCGGAUCUAACUCAGACUUGGACCCAUUAAAUUCUUUAAUAGUUGAUAAUGGUCAAGAUAUUUCGGAAAACACAGGGUUAAUCAACGACAAAAAUCGGGAUAGUAUUUUUAAGAUCCCAGGGAUUACUAAUAUAUCGAAUCCAUCUAAUUAUUCUCAAGGAAGCAAAAGUGGUUAUACAGCCGUCCCUACAUCCGAAUAUUGAUGACAAAUGAUUUUUAAUUUUAUUAGGCUAGAUAUAGUCUAUUUAUUAAGAUAUGCAAAUAUAUUGCUAGAACGACUAAUUUACUAACUGAUCUUCCAAUAUUAAAAAAAUAUAUAUAUUAUUUAUUAAAUCAUUAAUAGGACUCGAUUUUUAUAAGGUAAUUUUUUGCACAUUUCAUAUUUUUUGGUAAAAUUAUUUAUAACAAUUUCAAUUACACAUUCUUUUUUAAAAAAAUUUUUUUACUACAAAUUAUGAUAUUGAAUUUAUAUUAAUAUAUUCUUUCAUCUCACCUCACUCUGAAAAUUCAAGAAAUUUAUGAUAUUGAAUUAAUAUAUAUGAUUGGAUGGAUUAAAAUACGAAUAUUUAAGACAUAUUUUGGUUUUUUACAUUUUUUUAAAAUGUUGACUUCCUAAUUUUAUAUAAAUUAUAUCUCAUUGAUAAUUUUAGUGUUUAAAUCUACUCUCUAUUUCUUAAUUGAAUGUAAAAAUAAAUUUGAACGCAACUUA